UUAUGGCGGCUAUCGACAAAGUUCGCGUGCUGGUUGUUGGCGAUUCUGGUAACUAGUAACAUAGCGUUUCUAUUGUGCGCCACCUGGGUCCCCAACGACGAGCGAUACAAUGAGAAAUUUGUGCUUUUCUACUGACCCGACUAGACACCGUGCCUGUUAGCGGUGCGCCAUGUUGGAAAUUGGCGUUUCGGACGGUGCAGUGCUGCCAGACAAAUGUUUCAAUGCUCGAUUGUUUAUGUUCAUCAGCCGGUGUUGGAAAAACGUCCCUCACACAUCUUAUCGCCAACAAUGAACCACUGACAUCGCCCGGUUGGACGGUGGGUUGUUCGGUGGAAGUGAAACUGCACGAGUACAAGGAAGGAACUCCGUCACAAAAUACCUUCUUCAUCGAGCUAUGGGAUGUCGGAGGUUCGAUUAGUCACAAGAAUGCGCGAGGUGUUUUCUAUAACCCAACGCACGGAAUAAUCCUCGUGCACGACCUUACCAACCGUAAAAGUCAAGAAAAUUUACAGCAAUGGCUAAUGGAAAUACUAAACAAGGAGGGAAAGGACACACUACGAGCAGGUGAUACAAUGGACAUUGAUCCGGAGCAGUUUCUCGGUUCGACGCAGUUUAAAAUUUGCCAGAUUCCUAUCCUGGUCAUCGGUACGAAGCUCGACAUGUUGGACGAAAACAAUAAGCACCGGAUACUAAAUCGCACGUUAGCAGGUAGCAUAGCGGAACAGUGUGGAGCGGACGAAAUUUGUCUCAAUAGCCACGAGUCUCGAUCGUUGGCCGCCGGAACGACCGACUCCGUGAAACUGGCUCGGUUUUUCGAUAAAGUGAUCGAGCGGAAGUAUUACAGCCGGGACUCGGGACGUAAGUAUACAUCUAACUACACGUCUACUACCCUCGGUCCGUUCGGACCAUACUUGACGCAACAACAGGCAACAUCCUCGGCGAACACCUUUAGUUAUCUCAAUCCCAACCCAGUGACUGAAAGUUUAUCGUAAUAUAAUUCCGUUC